UUGACGAAGAGUGACAGGUAGGCGGAUGGCAGCGUUGCGAUGCCAGCUGUGCGCUGAAGAGGCGCAGCACCAGUGCCCCCUCCUGGCUCUUCGGCUCUGGGCGCAGGGGCCCGGCGUUCGGGUGGGCCAGCAGGGCUGCCGGGCCCGGCAGGGCACCCACCCCCCGCACAACCACCCCGCACCGGGGAUGAAGCAGCGCUGGGGGGGGGCACGGCUCCGCUGCGCAGCGGCCCCACAGCUAACGCUGGCAGGAGAUCGCUGCCCCCGGCCCACCAUGCCCUCCUCCGACAGCAGCAGCGAGUACUGGAUCGAUGGCUCCCACCGCAACACAGCCCUGGAAGAUUUCUACAUCGUGGGCCCCGAGCUGGGACGGGGAGCCACCUCAGUGGUCUACAGCUGCCAGGAGAAGAGCACGGGCACCCCAUAUGCUGCCAAGAUCCUGAAGAAGACGAUCGACAAGAAGAUCGUGAGGACGGAGAUCGGGGUCCUGCUGCGGCUCUCGCACCCCAAUAUCGCCGUUUGGGCAGACACAGGGACAGGGGGGAGCAGCCGCUGGUGCAGGAUCAGCCAUGGAUGGGGAGAGGCUCCUCCGAUGCAUUAUCAGAAAGGCAGCAGAAGAUUCCAUUUGUGCCUCCCCUCCUCCUUUCCUCCCCAGGCAGCAGCUCCACAGAGACGUGAGGAGGAACCAGCCGGGCAGAUCAAGCUGAAGGAGAUCUUUGAGACGCUGUCUGAGAUCGUGCUCAUCCUGGAGCUGGUCACAGGAGGAGAGCUCUUUGACAGGAUCGUGGAGAGGGGCUUCUACAGUGAGCGGGAUGCAGCCCACGUGGUCAAACAGAUCCUGGAAGCCGUUUCGUACUUGCAUGAAAACGGGGUCGUCCACCGUGACCUGAAACCAGAGAACCUGCUCUACGCAGACCUGUCCCCUGAUGCUCCCCUUAAAAUCGGCGACUUCGGGCUCUCCAAGAUUGUGGAUGAGCAGGACACCAUGAAAACCGUCUGCGGGACACCGGGAUACUGUGCCCCUGAAAUCCUCCAUGGGUGCCCGUAUGGCCCUGAAGUGGAUAUGUGGUCUGUGGGUGUCAUCACCUACAUCCUGCUUUGUGGCUUUGAGCCCUUCUUCGACCCACGAGGGGACCAGUACAUGUACAGCCGCAUCCUCACCUGCGACUACGAGUUCGUGUCCCCGUGGUGGGAUGAGGUUUCCCUCAAUGCCAAGGAUUUGGUCAGAAAAUUGAUCGUCUUGGACCCCCGGAAGAGACUGACCGUCCACCAGGCUCUGGAGCAUCCCUGGGUCACAGGGAAAGCAGCUAAAUUCGCUCACAUGGACAGCACACAGAAGAAACUGCAGGAAUUUAAUGCCAGGAGAAAACUGAAGGCUGCCAUGAAAGCCGUGGUGGCUUCCAGCCGCUUGGGCAACCACGGUCACCACGACUGCUCCCGCAGCGGGCGCAGCCAGAGGGGUCCCCAGGGCACCCACCUGCCCCCGGGUGCAGGCACCACCAGUCAUGGAGCCACCAGCACCAGUGAGGACCUCGAAGCUUUCCCGAGCGAUGGCCCCACCGUGCCCAAGGUUCCUGUGAGCAGUGCCGGCUGCCAGAGCUAAGGUGUCCGGCCCUGGGGCUGCCUCACCGUGGCCUCCGCAAGCAGCAUCCCACUGCCCCUUGGAAGCUGGCACAGGGAAAGGUGGGGGAACCGUGGGGACAGGAGUGCCCCGAGUGUCAGUGUGUGUCGGGAGCCCAUGGUCUGUGGUGUGGAGUGUCCUUAUGUAGUGUCCUGUUGCCAGUGCGGUUGUAGCUGGUCACUGUGAAUAUGUGUCUGUCCGGACCCGACUGAGGAAAAACAAGGCUGGUAACUCUGUCUUCCAACAAAUGCAGUUUUGGCCACUGUGGCUUGAAAAGAUCCCAAGUGGCUUAAAAACCAAGGAGCAAAACAGCAGAAAAGGGAUUUCUUUCACCUUAGCUCCAAAGGCAGGAAGCUGUCUUGACAACAGAGUUUUGUAAGUUCCUGUAAAUAGUCCUUAAGGGUUUCUUUAGGGAAUGGGUGCAUCUGGGUUACCACUGACCAUCCACGUUCCAUCUACAAUCCCUCUUACCAGACACAGCUGUAGGUUUACUGCUGUUCUUGGACAUGGUUUGUAGGAGCCUUUGGACCCAGCUGUUUGAUCCUCUCUGAAGAAACAGUGUUUGUGAGUGGUUCCUUUAUUAUCUCUAGAUGGCAGACGAACCCUGACUUGUGCUUUUGUUCCACUCCAGCUUCAUUUGUUCCCACCUUCAGCCCUGCUGUGGGUACAUGAUGGUGGUGGGAUUGUCCCAGGCUGGGAACGCAGCUUCUCUGGCCUCUUCCUUGGUGUUCCAGGUUACCAUGAACAUGAGUUUUAACCAAGAACAAUGCAGCUCUUUCUACAGCACAGUGGAAGACUUUGUAACCUGUAACAGUGCUGUUAUUUCCUGAGAGAGGACAAGGAGUUUAUAUGUAUUGGGUUGUUUCUUUUUAAGUCUAACGAAAUCAGUUGACAAACUGAUUGAAAAGACUUUUUCCAGGCUGUUCUUGACCAAGCCACAGGAGCAGCACUUGCAGAUUUGAACACAGAACAAGUAAUCAGACAGGAAAAGCCAUAUUGCACAUGGGAGAGCCCAAAAAGCCAGCGCAGGGUUUGCUGACCUGGGGUGCUGCCUCCUCCCACAGCCCCGGCCGGUUGGGCCAUGCACUUAGAGCACAUACAAGCAAAAAAAAGCCUCAGAGAACAAAACUUGUGCCCAGAGUUCAUUUUUCCAGCACGGGGACACCAUAGGUGAUGAAGGAGAGGGGGCAAACACAACCUGAGGCUUUGGUGAUGCAGAGCUUGGGCAUCGGGGCAGAGGCGAAUGUAACACAAAGACCUUCGUGCUGAUGCCGAGCACGAGCAGAAACCAUAAACACUACGUGUAAGGGCUGAUCCAUACCACACAACAUUGCUGUUUGGGGUGCUUGUAAAGUGAAUACACAGAUGGGAUGUUCAGACAUGUGCUUUCAUUUUGAUGAACUCCCAGCCAUACCUCCAGUGGGGAAGCAGAGGAACAGCAAGAGAAAAAGCAAUCCCUGACAGCAUGGGAGAGGGCUUCAGCAGGGGAAACAUCCCAUCUUUUCCUGUGUGUUUGGGAGGGGGCAGUUUGUUUUCUCUCCUUUAUUUAACACAGAGGGCUGAACCUUGCAGCGCACUCCGCUCUGCUCUUUAUCCCGUCCUUGGGUGACACUGUCCUCCAGACUCCAUCCCGUGUCCCCAUUGAUGCCAGUGGGGCCAGAACUCCACUUUUACCAUUUUGUUCACUAACGUGGGUCUUAAAAUUUGACUAUUUGCUAUCCUCUGACAUGAAAUACACAUUUAAACGCCUUGCAGGAGCAGGCCAGAGUGCUCAGUGUGCCUAUAGGGAGCGAUGCUGGGAAACAAAGGAGUGUUGAGCACUCCUGAUCCUACAAAACAAUGGGAAGGAAGGUAUCAGGUAACAGCAAGUAACAAGUGUCUUCAGUGAUGGAAACCACUGGAGGGAAAACUGUAAGCAAAGAAAAGGAGUUUGCCUCUUCUGUUACACAGUAUUAUCCACAAGUAUCAGUACUCAAAGGUAGUAAGAAAAUAAGGGAAUAAAGCCAAUUUUGGUCUGUAGCUGUUUUCAGGAUGUGUUUUACUGACUGCUUCGGUGUAGUGGUGACAUUGCCGAUACCGCAGGUAUAAAGAAGUAGAGAAAGCCAAUAAAGUAUCCAACAUCAU